UUGCCAAGGUUCCUUGAUUUAUUCGACUUUUUUUGUGAAAAGGUGAUAACAGCACUAGGGGGAGUCUGGCACCCGGAACACUUUAACUGCGCGUACUGCGGAAAGAACGUGGUGGAGGAGUUCUUCUACGAACACGAUGGCGCGCCUUACUGCACCGAGUGUCACCUCUCCCUCUUCGCCCCCAAGUGCGCCUUCUGCGGUGAGGCGAUCGUCGAUCGUUGCCUGGAGGCGAUGGGCUACUUUUGGCACCCAGACCACUUCUUCUGCCAGGGCUGCCACACACCUUUCGUGGACAACGCCACGGCUCAUGAGCAUCAGAGCAAAGUCUUCUGCUCGUAA